GGCUCUGCAGACCACCGCCCAGUUUAAGCGACGCCGCCGUGCACUCACCUCCCUCCCCGAGCCACUUCUCAACGCGACCUACCCGGGAUGGCGGGGAGGAGAGCCAGCGCCCGCGCCCGCGCGCGGCCCAACGUGCUGGUGACCGGGACGCCGGGGACGGGGAAGACGACCACCUGCGCCCUCCUCGCCGACGCCGCGGCCGUCGCCCACGUCAACAUCGGUGACCUCGUCCGCGACAAGGGCCUCCACGACGGCUGGGACGAGGGCCUCGACUGCCACGUCAUCAACGAGGACCUGGUUUGUGAUGAGCUCGAGGACAAGAUGGAAGAAGGUGGCAUGCUUGUAGAUUACCACGGAUGCGAUUUCUUUCCAGAACGUUGGUUUGACCUUGUAGUUGUACUUCAGACUGACAACUCAAUACUGCAUGAUCGCUUGACAAGCAGAGGUUAUAUGGUUGCCAAGCUCACAAACAACAUAGAGUGUGAGAUUUUUCAAGUGCUUCUGGAGGAGGCGAGGGAUAGCUACAAAGAGGAUCUGGUGAUGCCAUUGCGAAGUGACAAUGUCGAGGAUAUUAGUAGGAACGUGGGUACGUUGACAGAUUGGAUAAACAACUGGAGACCAACAUCCCAGUGAGCUAGUCCAGUCAUA